CGUACGGGAUGUAGUUCCGGGUUGCGUCACCUGCAAAAGUUUCCGGAAGAAACAGAGAAGCUGCUGCACUCUUGGCGAGCUGCUGGAGAAGUGGGUCACAAAAUGCGUUGUUUUGCCUCCUAACUCGCCUGAUAUGGAUGUGCCAUACCAAACCCGGCGUCGGAUGGUACUGACUGGUGUCCAUGUGCAAAAUAGCAGACGAAGGUGUGUCUAACAGCAGAUGCUCUCCAGCUCGGAUCCCUCUGCGUUAGGCUGGCUGGCUGACUGACUGACGCCUGUGGCCCUGCUGGCUGCUUGACUGACUGGUUUUCUGACAAGCUGAGCGCAGCAUGUCAGACGGUGGCAACCAGUCCUGUCUGUCAGGAGCAGAGGACUCCGUCUCCUUCCUGGUGUGUGUUUUCCAUGCGUGGGAGGAGUGGGCAGGCCUGGGCCAGGUGGAGGACUACUUCAGUGUUUUGGAGUACCUGCUGUGGGUGUUCACACCACUGGCCAUCGUCUUCAUCGUGCCUUUCCUCAUCGUCAUCCUCCUCUACCUCUCCAUACUUUUCCUUCACGUCUACAAGAGGAAGAACCAGCUGAGGGAAGCUUACAGCAACAACCUGUGGGACGGAGCCAGGAAGACCCUAGCCACUCUCUGGGACGGACAUGGAGCCAUAUGGCACGGGUACGAAAUCCAUGGAAUGGAGAAGAUUCCCAACAAAGGAGCAGCGCUGAUUGUGUACUACCAUGGCGCUAUCCCCAUUGACUACUACUACUUCCUGGCCAAUGUUAUCAUCCAGAAGGGACGAACCUGCCACUCUGUAGCUGACCACUUCCUCUUCAAGGUCCCAGGUUUUAAGUUAUUGCUGGAGGUGUUCAGUGUGAUCCAUGGUCCUCAAGAGGAGUGUGUUCGGGCUCUGAGGAACGGUCACCUGCUGGGCAUUUCUCCAGGAGGGGUCCGGGAGGCGCUGUUCAGUGAUGAGACCUACCCCCUGCUCUGGGGCAAACGCAAAGGCUUUGCCCAGGUUGCCAUUGACUCUCAAGUGCCAGUAAUACCAAUGUUUACUCAAAAUGUGCGGGAAGGCUUCAGAUCUCUAGGAACACUCAAGUGUUUCCGGUGGUUGUACGAGAGGUUUCGGCUGCCCGUGGCUCCUGUUUAUGGUGGAUUCCCGGUAAAGUUCCGUACCUACCUGGGUGACCCCAUCCCGUACGACCCCAACAUAACCGCCGUGGAGCUGGCAGAGAAAGUGCAGCAGGCGGUCCAGUCUUUGAUCGACCAGCACCAGAAGAUCCCAGGGAACAUCCUGCGAGCUCUGCUGGAGCGCUUCCACACCAGACACAAAGACCAGUAACCCUCCACCAGAACAAUUUACAGAGGUGCAUAACCCAUCCCUUAUCGUCACCACAGUCUUGGCUGAAGAUGGUUAAUUUUGUUCCAUGUUCAAGGGCAUUGUCACAUUUUUGUAACUAGUAUUUCAUAACUAUAGACCACUGGGGUCACAAUAUGGCCAGACUCUUACUGUCAAAGGCUGUACAACAACACCGUCCAUAAUAUCACAAUGGUGAGGUGCUGACACCAAGGCAGGGAUGCAUCCUUACCCUGAUUGGUUGUUUCCGUUUGCGACAAAUGGAUUUUUAUAAAUUGGACCAGAUGAGCGAGACCAGAGGAGACCAUAUUUUUUCACAGUACUUUUACUUAAUGAAUGCUCUUUGGUACACAGUGGGGAUUUAACCACAUAUGACAAAAUUGUUUUGACAGAAACCUUCCCAUAGCAGCUAUAAUUUAACAAAGUCCAAGACUACAGAUUUAAUGAUGAUAGUUCAACCAGUUCUAUUUAUUAUUAUUCAAAAAAAAAUUUUUUUUUAAAAUGUAGUUUCCCAAUGGUUCAUAUUGUGAAAUUUCACAACCUACGUGAAGUUUCAUUUUUUUUAAAUAUGUUUCUGAAAUUUUGCAACUGCUGAAAAGAUAUUUCAUGACAAACUGGAAGAUACACUUUAUAUACUUUGCCCUCCUGCAGUGACUGGAAAGGAGUGAAAUAUCACACUAUGCCAAAUCAUGCUAUGUAAGAAAUAUGUUAUCAUCAUCUACAAAAGGUAAUUAUGCGUUUAACCUACUUUGUGUUGAUUUUGGAACUAUGCUUAUAAUUCCAUGCAGGAGUAAAGCAUUUGGUUUUCAAGAUAGGUCUGAUAACCACCUGUCUAAAGUUGUUUUAAAUGUGGUCUGGGUUACAGUGGUGUAGCCAGGUGUGAGUAGCCAACAAUGUCCUGCAAGAGAGAGCAUGAAGUGAGCCAGUUGAGAGUCUAGUCUAGUCACCAAUCUUGCUUUUCAUUUAAUGAACAAUGAACUUGAUUUAAUUAUAUUGCCCUUCAUUUAGAUGGUCAAGGUUUAAUUAUUUACAUAGUUAAGUGUAAUAGGCUUAUUGAAUGGUUUUGGCAGUUAUGGCCUGAUGGCCAUGUCCAUCUGUCUUUCUAUUCGGCACAUUGCCAUGAUAUUUGGUGAGCACAUUGAUGCUCCCCAGAGGGUGCACCCUGUCAGUUUUAGGGACGUCACGUUAUCUUCCCUUUAGCAUCACCAGCAGGCACAAUUUUGGCUUGAGGCCCUGAGCUUUCAGAAAUCAUAUGGGCUACAACAUGCUUUGAGAAACACAAACAAAGAUGUUCUUCAGGGUCAAAGAUGUCCUUCAGUGUCAGUGUACACCAUGGUGUAGCUCCAGCAUAGAAGGCGUACUUACAGGGUAACAACAGGUGUACUUACAAGGUUUCAUAAAAUAAUAGAAUAAAUAAAUCACCAAGAAACAGCUCAGAGGAAACCCAUUGACUUUUGACAAUGGGUAACCCAACUGUGGGCGCACUUUCAACCCUUCAAAAUACUCUUCUGAUUUAGUGCUCUGUAAUCUAUUUGUCGUGAAUUUUAAUCAACUCACAGUAAAUGUGUUGGCUUAAAACAUGUUGUAACCUCAGCCCGGAGACUUUUUCCGCUUCACCUUUUUGUUUUUUUUUUUGGAUCUUUAUCUAUUUCAGACUCUUUAUUUUCAAUUUGAACUUAAAACUUUUAGAUUCCACUGGGUCUCUCUUGAUUUGAUUAUUUCCUGCACAUGCUGGGGGUCGCACUUCCUGCACAUGCCUUACAUUAUGUAGACUAUUGACAGUUAGGCUGUGUAAACAACUAUCAGAUGGGCUGUUCCAACAUCAAGUGGGCUGUGGCUGGCAGGUACAUUUUUUUCCCAUAUUUUUUUAGGCGCUGUUUUCAUACUUUUUUUCUCCCCCACAAAAUUUUACCCACAUUUUCCCCCUACAUUGCUGGCGUUGUGGCCCACUAGUGGUUCAGCUCAUCUGGCAUUUGCCAGAUUGCCAGUCUGAACCCGAUGGCAUGUCAGCCAUUUACAAAAUAAAUACACUAAUAAGAUACACUUGUCACUAGACUAAGAAAUAGAUAGAAGUGUUCACAAAGGAGUGUCAUGACCUCAUUAAAUGCUCUCUAUUGCAGGACAGUGUUGGCUCCUUGCUCCUGGAAAGGAUGCAGUGUAGAGACAGUGGACUAACGGGAUAGAGGCUGUGGAGGAAAAGCCCAGGUUACAUGCAACAGAGGUUGCAAGGUGAACUUAAACACACAACACUGAAAGAAGAUCAGAUGAAAGGAGAGAUGAUACUGUAGCUGUGGGAAAACUGAGUAUGCACACUCUCUAUCCGUGUGCUUCACCACAGUUUAUUGAUGCAUCUACAGCAGACACAGCAGUAGGGGUAACCACCUUGGAAUCAGAGUUUAUUUGACUGAUUUAAUCUGUUUGGUUGUAAAACACUAUGUUGUCAUCUUGUUUGUCAUACCAGCUCCUUAGUGACAUACUGUAUAUCACUUGAUUAGUGCAUUCAUAAGUGGAUCUUCUCUUAUGGAAAUGCAGCCUUUGAAGCCAUUUUUUUUUCAUUUUGCAACAAAAACAGCAUUCAGUAAUGUUGUAAACUAGUGUGUUGUCAUGUACAGUACAAGUGCAACUCUUACACUCUGAACAGGAUGUGUCAUCUUUAACCCAUCAGUGUGUCUCCUUGGACCACAGCAUGCUGUGUUGUUUCUGUCUUGUGUUGAAAGUAACACACACGUUUCAUCCCAAGGAAGACACACAGACGUGUUGACAUGCCACAUCCUUGUGAGGUGUGUAUGUGUUCACUACCAAAAGUGCAGUGUGGACAUACGAGUGUUGUGUUUGUGUGUGUCUGUGUAUAUAUAUUUGCAUGUAUGUAUAUAUUCUGAUUCCACAAAUUAUUUUGCACACUUUGACUUCAAAGUAACACUGCCAACUCUGUGUUUUUUUUUUUUAAUCUUAAAGAAGCCUUGUGAGACCAAGUGUGUUUGAGAACAAUGUUUUGGUAAAACAUAAAAAAAAAAAAGAUAUGUAACUGGAUGAUUUAUGUUAAAAGCUUGCCUUUUUUCUUUAUUUAUGUUGUUAAUUACAAAUUAUUUAGCUAUAUAAACUGCACUUUUAAAAUCUGAAGUCCUCUUGCAAACUAUUGUGAUUCAGGAAAGUGAAGUAAUCUCUAAAUAAAUUUAUUUUAAUAUGA